UUGGAUUGUUAGUGUGCGCCAGAAAACCUUAGCUUCCAUUAAGUUCUAGUUCUGUUAACUCUCUCUUUCUCUUCCUCCCCUUUCUUUCUUGACUCUCCUCUCACUUAUUGUUUCAAUUUCUUCCUUCACCUUAAUCUCCAUGUGAAUGCUACAAAAAUUUUUACUUUGUUGCGAAGCUGCGUAAUCAACAGAGGGCUUCUGAGGUAAAUGUAAUAGCUGCCCAAUUAGAAGAGAAAGAGCAAGGAAAUGGUCAAGUUUGUCUCUGCCAAAUUCAACAUGGGCCAAGAUUCCCUUUAACCCAUUUUACGGUGCACAGAGAGAGAGCGAGAGAGAGGCCCGUGGGUGUCCCCACACACACACACACACACAAAUCAAAUUAAAAUUACAAUUUAAAAAUAAAAAUAAAAUAAAAAAAAAGCAAGCCUAACGAAGCCUAACACUUUUGGAGCGGAAAUCCCAAGCAUUUAACCCAAAAAAAAAAAAAAAAGGAAAUCCCAAGCAUGAUGCACUAAAAAAGCAACAUAAUUUUUUGGGUGGCUUUUUGACAGGUCAGAGCCUGAUUGAGAUGAAAAGCUUGUCAAAUGAAAUAGGCAUUCAUGGAUAAGCUGGGAAGCCAGGGCACAGCCGGUUGUAAACCUUUAACCACAUUCGUACAAACAGACACACAUACUUUCCGAGAGGUUGUACAGCGCUUAACAGGCCCAUCAGAAGGUAAUACAGCACAAGAAGCAGCAGCAACAAAGGUUGUAGGUGUAAAAAGGCCAACACCCAAACUCCAUGAGAGAAGGCAGUACUCUAGGCCCAAGCUUGAGAUAGUUAAACCCCCUUGCCCAUUUAAACCUGCUACAUCAACUGACCAGAAAAGCUUCUCCCCCACCAAAUCAGGGAACUCUGGUUUUCUUCCAAGCCCUGUGACCCCUUCUACAAUGUUCUCAAAGCUGACCAUCCUGGAAGAGCAAAAGAAUGAAGGAUCAGCAAUACCUGAAUUGAAUAGCCAAGAAGAAGAGAAAGCCAUCAAAGAGAGGCGAUUUUAUUUGCAUCCAUCACCACGGUCCAGACCAGGAUACACUGAACCAGAGUUGCUUACCUUGUUCCCUCUAACAUCUCCAAAAGCAGGAGAGAUGCCAUGAUUUUGACAGUGAGCUGAUCCUGUUAAGACCUUUUGUUUUUGCCGGCUUCAAACUACAGAACACCAUUGUCACCAAAUAGAGAGUACAUCUUUGGAAAAGAAGAAUAACUUUUAAAAUACCUUGUCUGUUCUUUUUUUUGUUUUUUUUCUUUUCUUGGGUUCUCUUUUGGAAACUAGCCAUCUUUUACACUUGCUUUAUUUUUAAUUUGACCCAAAAUUAUCUUAGAGCAUAGACUUAAAAAUAACAAUGGGGUAGAAGUUUGGGACCUCCAAACCCCCAAUGUAGAUUUUGAGGAAUUUUUAGGCAUUAGAUUUAUUGCACUAGAUUAAGUGUACAUAAAAAAACCUGCAGCCAGCCCCAUGUUGUUGAAUUA